GAACAGUAAAUGUGAGAACAAUGUUUUAGCUUGUCAGACUUUCUAUAUUGCAUCUUUAACAUGACAUGUUUCAUGAAAUCUCUCUCUCGUUGGCACUCUUUCAUACCAUUCUAGUGCUGGUGCCAGCGACCAUAAGUACAGAGGAAUAUGGUGUCCAGUUUGUGGAUGAGCAAAGGUCUGAGCUCAUUCAGAGGGUAACCAUGGUGAUGCCUAUAGCAGAUGAACUGCUUCAGAGAUGCAUGCUUCAUAAAGAAAUGUAUAAUACUAUCCGUGAUGCCAGGCCCAGCCAGGAACAGAUGAGACUGCUGUACGAGGCCCUACACUCAGGAGGCUCUAAGGUGAAAGCAGCCUUUUAUGAGAUUCUACGGGAAAAACAACACUAUCUAGUCAAUCUGGCAACAAAUCUUCAUGAUGUUCCACUCCCCAAACCCAGGAUCAGAGAAGAGUUCUUGAAAUAUUCCUUACCGCUCACAUUGGAUCCUAACUCAGCUCAAGAGUGCCUGUGUCUGUCUGAGGGAAACAGGAAGGUGACAAAUAAUGGAAAGGCCCAGCCCUACCUUCACCAUUCAGACAGAUUUACCUACUUCGUCCAGGUGCUGUGUAGAGAGGGUCUGUCUAGAGCCAGCUACUGGGAGGUAGAGUGGAGUGGGGAUUCUGUUAAUGUAGCCGUCUCAUAUAAAGGAAUCAUCAGGAAAGGAGACCAAUGGAAUGGCGUCGCUGCAUUUGGACGGAAUGAUCUGUCGCUGAGUUUAUACUGCUCAACCUCUAGCUGUACUUUCAUGCACAAUUGCUCUACAACUGUUAUCACUGUCCCCUGCUCCUCCAGAGUUGGCGUGUACCUGGACCACACGGCAGGAACUCUGUCCUUCUACAACGUUUCUGACACAAUGACUCUCCUCCACAGAGUCCAGACCACAUUCACUGAACCUCUUUAUCCUGGGUUUACAGUUGGUCAUGGAUCAUCUGUGAAGAUACUGACAAAAUGAUAGAAGUAAAGCAGCUUUCAUAUUAAACUCGGUAUGGGUUUAAUCCAUAACAUUGUUAUUUCUCUUUUUUUUAUAAUCUUGAGAAGUUCGGAAAAAUAUGCUUAAUGUCUCUGCUGAUGGAGUGCUGCUGUUUUCCCCAGCUCUGACAUAACAGAAUGUUUAUGUCCUGACUGCAAAUCUGAUGAACCAGGGUUUGUUGUAUAAACACAUGCAAGCUGGCCUCUAUGUGGGUUGAGGAAAAUAGUAAGCCAUGAGAAACUCCAACAAGGCCUAGUUCCAGUUUGGCAGUUAGCUCCUACCCCUUCAGUGUGCACAAGUUUGACAGGACUGGAAGGAUGUAAGCAAUAUGGAGGCUGCUUCACUUGGCCUAUUAGAAAAGCACAUGGAGUCAUCACCUAUCCCAUUCUUUUAGAUCUGCAACACCAAAAUGUAGGGAAAGGACCACAAUGGAAUCA